GCGGACAGCGCAGCGAGGCGACGCGCGGCCGAACGCCAACACCAACGAUGCUCGUCGCGGUGAAGACGCUCGAGGGCCGCCUCUUCAAGGUCGAGGCCGCGCCGGAGUCGACGAUCGGCGCGGUCAAGGGCCUCAUCGAGGCGUCGCAGCCGGAGCUCAAGGCCGCGGCGAUGAAGCUCAUCCACAGCGGCAAGGUGCUCAAGGACGAGGACACGCUCGCGGACAAGGGCGUCACGGAGCAGUCGUUCCUCGUGUGCAUGGUCACGAAGCCCAAGCGCGCGGCGGCGCCCAAGCCCGCGGCGGCGCCCGCGCCGGCGCCGGCCGCGGCGCCCGCGGCGCCGCCGCCGUCGACGCCGGCGCCGUCGGCGCCCGCGCCGACGCCCGCGCCCGCGCCCGCGGAGACGCCCGCGGGGCUCCAGAGCCCCGCGGCGUCGCCGCACGUGACCGCGGAGGCGUUGGCGCAGCUCGACGCCAUGGGCUUUGGCCACGCGGACCAGUCGCGCGCGGCGCUGGAGGCGGCCAUGGGCAACGUGGACCUCGCCGUCGAGUUCCUUAUGAACGGCAUCCCCGACGAGGCCGCGCUCACGGGCGCGAACCUCGACGGCGACGGCGACGCGGCGAUGGACGACGCGGGCGCGUCGCCGCUCGCGACGCUCCGCGCGCACCCGCAGUUCGACGACCUGCGCCGGACGAUCCAGGCGAACCCGGGCGCGCUCCAGCAGGUCCUCGCGGGCAUCGGCCGCGACUCGCCGGAGCUGCUCGCGCUCAUCCACGCGAACCAGGCCGAGUUCCUCCAGAUGAUGAACGAGCCCCUCCUCGGCGCCAUCUCCGGCGGCGGCGGCAUGGGCGGCGGCGGCCGCGGGCCGCCGGGCGGCGGCGGCGGCGCGGGCAACGUCGUCCGCCUCACGCGCGAGGAGGCCGACGCCGUCGGCCGCCUCCAGGAGCUCGGCUUCUCGCGCGAUGACGCGGUCCAGGCCUACCUCGCGUGCGACAAGAACGAGUCGCUCGCGGCGAACCUCCUCUUCGACGGCUUCGACUCCGUCGCCAUGGGCGGCGGCGCCCAGGCCGCCUUCCCGGACGACGCGCCCGCGCCCGACGGCGGCGGCGACGCGCCCGCGCCCGCGCCGGGCGGCGGCGACGACGACGACGACAUGUACUCCUAGAGGGUGCACGCCGCCGCCGUCCCAACCCCCACAAGUCCCCGAAGCUCUCCCCGCACACCCUGCUCGAUCCGCCCCCGCUCUGCUACAU